AUUCUUGGGCUGGCAUAGAUCACAAUUUGAACUCAUAUCAUUUAGAGAAGCUACACACACACAUCCGCAGUGUUCUCAACAUUUCACAAUCACAGUGUGCAUGCUUCUCAAGCUCUAAGGUACACUAAUUAAGGAUUAAGAAUAUGGAUGGCAAGCUUGUGUCUAGCUGGUAUAAUCUUCACUCUUCUGUGCCACAAUCUUAUGUGCAACCACCAGAAAGACAACCUUGCAAUGCUGUACAUGUUUUGUCCACUAACCAGAAAGUUCCAGUGAUUGAUCUUGGAGGACAUGAUCGUGAUGACAUCAUAAGAAACAUCAUCAAAGCCUCCGAGGAAUAUGGAUUUUUUCAGGUUGUGAACCAUGGAGUUGCUAAGGAAUUAAUGGAUGAUACAUAUAAGAUUUUCAAAGAAUUUCAUGCCAUGCUUGCCAAUGAAAAAGUUAGGGAAAGUUCUAAAGACCCAAAUGGAAGCUGCAAACUCUAUACAAGUUGUGGGGGGAACAUUAAUGAUGUGGCUAAGUAUUGGAAGGAUUCAUUGGAACACCGUUGUCCACCUUCAGGAGAAUUCACUUGGUAUUGGCCUGAGAAACCAGAUGGAUACCGUGAAAUUGUUGGAAGAUAUACACAAGAGCUAAGAGCAUUGGCACUGAGGAUUUUAGACCUAAUUUCUGAGGGAUUGGAACUCAAUCCAAAUUACUUUACUGGAGAAUUGAGUGAUAGCCCAGUAGUGAUAUCUCAUCACUACCCUCCUUGUCCAGAACCAAGUUUAACAUUGGGAGCACCACAACACAAAGAUCCAAACAUUCUAACAAUUCUUUUCCAACAACCAGAGAUCACAGCACUUCAAAUAUUGAAGGAUGGUGCAUGGAUUCCUAUUGAGCCAAUUCCGAAUGCCUUUGUAGUUAACAUGGGGUUUAUGCUUUAGAUAAUUAGCAAUGGAAGGCUCAAAGGUGCUGAACAUCGAGUUAUAACCAAUUCAAGCACUAGUAGAUACACUAUAGCCUAUUUCAUUUAUCCAAGAAAAGAAGCAAUUAUAGGACCUGCCAAGCCUCUUUUAAGUUCAACUUCACCACCAAUAUACUCAUCUAUGGAAUUUGGAGAAAUGCUGGAGAAUUUAUACAACAAGGGUCCUAACUUUGAAAAUGAACUGCAUUUAUAAACAUUAAUGUAAACUCCUUUUAUUACUUGUACAUGAAGAAUGUACAUGGACUCAUAAAUAAGUUGGAGAUAUAUUCAAGUUUAUGAAUAAUUUAUCUUGUAAUUUGACUUUAUCAAGAGCUUAUGGUCAAUUAGUAAUAGGCAAUAUUUCUCAUGG